AGUCAUCUAAUUUCCGAAAAAAAAACCAUGCAAUCCUUUAUACAUGUUCCUCCCAAUUCACAUUUUCCCAUCCAAAAUUUACCAUUUGGAAUUUUUUCUACCCAACAAAAUCUUUCGCCACGAGUUGGUGUUGCCAUAGGUGAUCAAAUAUUAGACUUGACUGCCAUAACAACUUUAUUCGAAAAAUAUGUUCCAGAAUUGAAGAAUCCAUCAAACGUUUUUUCUCAGCCCUCUUUAAACUCGUUUAUGUCAUUAGGAAAACCAAUAUGGCAAGCUACACGAAGAUUUUUACAAAGCAUUUUAUCUCAUGAUAAUCCAGAAUUACAAGACAACGAGGAGCUUAGACAAAAAGCUUUCGUGGCGCAGCAAUCGGCUAAAAUGCAUCUGCCAGCUCAUAUCGGAGACUAUACAGAUUUUUACGCUUCGAAAGAACAUGCAACCAAUGUUGGUACUAUGUUUAGGGGUAAAGACAAUGCAUUGAUGCAAAAUUGGGUAUAUUUACCGGUUGGAUAUCACGGACGGUCUUCCUCUAUUGUUAUCUCUGGAACAGAUAUUGUUCGCCCAUGUGGACAAAUAUCACCUGACAAAAAUCAGCCUCCAAUUUUCGGUCCUUCCGCCAAAUUGGAUUUUGAACUAGAAAUGGCAUUUUUUAUUGGAUCGGGUAAUAAGCUUGGAGCGCGAAUUCCGAUUGAUCAAGCAAACAACCAUAUAUUCGGAUUGGUUUUGAUGAAUGAUUGGAGUGCUCGGGAUAUUCAAGCUUGGGAAUAUGUACCGCUAGGACCAUUUUUGGGUAAAAACUUUGGUACAACUAUUUCGCCAUGGGUCGUUACAUUAGAUUCUUUGGAGCCAUUUUUAGUUAAUGGACCUAUCCAGGAUCCAGCUCCUUUACCCUAUCUCAAAGACAAUAUUCCAUCAGCAUAUGAUAUUCAUUUGGAAGUAAAAAUUAAACCAAAUAAUAGUGAUUCUUUCAAGACGCUAACGAGGUCAAAUUUAAGGUAUAUGUACUGGUCUCUGAAACAACAACUUGCUCAUCAUACAGUAAAUGGCUGCAAUACACGCCCCGGUGAUUUAUGUGGCACCGGUACUAUUAGCGGACCUACCGAAGAUUCUAGAGGAUCUUUAUUAGAAAUUACAUGGAACGGUCAAAAUGAAGUUGAUGGAAUUAAAAGAAAAUUUAUUGAAGAUGGAGACGAAAUAGUAUUAACAGGAUAUUGUCAGGGAGAAGGUUACUUAGUUGGAUUUGGGGAAUGUUACGGUAAAAUUUUACCUGCUUUACAAUAGGAUAUUAUAAUCUAAAUUUAUUAUGUACGAUAUUGCUUUUUUUUUUAAAAAAAAAAAAUAAAGAUAGUACUUAUUAUUUUACUGUCAAAUUCACUUUGACACUAAGAUAAAAUU